UACUCGGUUACAAUUUCCAGAUAAAGCGCCUACCCCUCAAGCACCACAGACACAUAUUUUAAAAUGGUUGAAUGAAGACAAGGCAGGUGCAGUGGGAUACUGUCUGAGUUUUGAUGACAGUGCUGCGACGUGCCCUGCGUACGUCGGCGGGAAAGGAGCCUCCUUAGCACUAUUAGCUUCUGUGCAGCACGACGAGGGUUACAAAGUGCCGCCUGGUUUCUGUUUAACCACAAAGGCGUUGGAAAGGCAACUUGAAGUUUACCCGGAGUUAGUUCUGGCUAUAAAAGGCAUCGAGGCUGCUAAUGAAGACUAUGAUGAAAACAUUUUUAAACAAAAAUGUGAGACAGCCGUGGAGUUAUUUAUGAAAACUGAUAUAUCAGAAGAUAUCAAAGAAGAAGUAUUGAAGCACUUGAAUGAUUUAAGGAUAAAAAUUAAGGAACAGAAUUUAAGUAUAGAAGAACGCUUUGCAGUGAGAUCAUCAGGUGUGGGAGAGGACAGCGAGGCGACGUCUGCAGCUGGACAGAACGAGACGGUGCUGGGCUGUGUGGGCGAGGCGGAGGUGCUGCGCGCGGUGCGGCGCUGCUGGGCCUCCAUGUUCGCCUUUAACAGCGCUUAUUAUCGCCGACAAAACGGUCAACCGUGUUCGUGCGGAGGCGGGGUUGUGGUACAGGCAUUAGUGCGAGCGCGCGCUGCUGGUGUGUUGUUCACACGACACCCUCUCGGUGACCCUUCAACACUUCUCAUCACUGCUAACUACGGCCUUGGAGAGAGUGUGGUAUCUGGUUCAGUUGAACCUGAUUCAAUAAUAGUAAAGCGUGAAACAAACGAACUAAGGAUAGCUAAAAUCGAUCUGGGAUCGAAGAAAGAACGAGUAAAACCCGAUGGCGAUGGUGUGACUGUAGAAAUGGUGUCCGAAGAAGAGCGCAAAGUACCUUGCCUGACUGUUUCGGAGAUAUUAAAGCUGGCAAAAAUAGGCGUCUCACAAGAAGAAUUGUGGGGUGCCGGUAGAGAUAUUGAAUGGGCUAUUUGCGAUGAUGUCAUAUAUUUGUUACAAGCACGUCCCAUCACGUCGUCAGAGCGCUGGACAGAGGAGGAACUCUUGCACGAACUGGAUUUUCCCAUCAUGUCGGACGACGAGUUACUCACAUUCGCUAACACAGGAGAGGUACUUCCAAAACCUAUAACACCUAUGACUUACGACCUGGUGGUGACGCCUCUGCAAAAAGGUAUCGACAGUGUGAUCGGAUGCAAUGGUGACCACUACGACCGCAGUGUCGCUGUAUCACACAACAGAUGUGCCCUUGUUCUUUACAACUCGGUAUACCGUCGUAUGCCGCCUCAGAUAGACAUCGGUAUACGUAUGAUAGAGAUGGCGGUGCACGGACACAAGGUCGCUGAUGACAACAUCGUCAGUACUGCGCUGCACAGGCGCCGGCCGCACUUCCUAGACAGAGCCCUCACUAUAGCAUCUAUGAUUAAGUCAGUAAUCUUGACGAAGUCGAAAAUGAAUGAUACGAUCAAACGAGUGAAUAAAAUGAACUUGGAGAUGGAAACGAGUGAUCCUCUGGAGUACUUGAACAGGCUGGUGUCAAGUCUGCCGGAGAAGAUGCAGGGGUACAGCUCCAACCACAGCCACACCAGUUCGGCAAGCACCUUCACACAGUUCAUCGCAAUGAGUAUACUGCUGGAGGGGAAGGAAGAUUUCACACCAGAGCACUGCAGUGAAAUAGGCCUCCUGCUCAGUUCUGGUGAUGUGCUGUCAGCCGAGGUACCUCUCGCUCUGGCUGAUAUUACAAGGAAGCUGGAAGAGUCCGGAAAAGCUGAGGAAUUCCGUGUUCUGGAACCUAGAGACGCUAUGACGUGGCUGCGAAAAAAACUUCCUCACGUGCACAUGGAUAUAUGCCAGUUCCUAGAGCAACAUGGCCACAGAGCUAUUAUGGAGUUCGAUUUAGCGACAAAACCAUGGGCACUUGUACCAGAGGAAUUCAUAAAAGUGCUACAAACUAUGCCAAUGACCAAAGAUGAAAAUAAAAUAACCAAAAGUAAUGCCGAAAUUAUUGCAUCUCUAAAGACACCUCAGAAACCCAGCACACGAAAAGCACUUCGUUGGAUCCUACCUUUAUGUCAUCGUUCAGUUCGUCACCGCGAAGGAACGAAGGCGCAUUUGAUCCUCGCGAUACACAAACUGAGAAUGUCGAUACUAAAACUGGCGAAACUAUUGGUACGUCAGUGGUACUUGCCUCAUCCUGAUCUUAUAUUCUUCUUCAGACUAAAUGAACUCCGAGCUUAUAUAGUGAAGAGAAAUCCAGCCUUAUUGAGGAAGGCUAUACAGCGUCAACAAUUGUACCCCGGCUGGUGUAAGCUCAAGUUCGCGGAGGUGAACACUGGCUGGUUUGACCCCGUGCCCACCGCCGGGCCUGCGGUCACUGCCGGUGACGUCACGAUACAGGCGACCUCUGUCUGCGGCGGGGAAGUCGUGGGCAGGGCUUGCGUUGUCAAAGAUCUCUCAGAGAUAAGAGAGUUGCAGUCAGGAGACAUAUUGAUAACAGACUCCACGGAUAUCGGAUGGUCACCAUACUUCCCGCUGCUGAGCGGCAUCGUCACAGAACUAGGCGGUCUUAUAUCCCACGGAGCGGUGAUAGCUCGUGAGUACGGUCUGCCGUGUAUAGUGGGCGCCACAAAUGCCACGAGCGCCUUCGUUACCGGCGACACAGUGCGGCUCUGUGCUACAACAGGCACCGUGCAGAGAGUGCAUCUGCACACUGCUCAAACUGUAGCUGAUUAAUUGUUUUGUAUGAAGCAAUUGAAUAAAUGUGAUUGAACUGUUCUUUGCUUAUUAUU